AUAUCGAUUUACUAAUCGAUUUGAACUUGUGUUGACCUGUAUUGAAACAGCUGUUUAAAGGGGGGUAGGGAAAAAAUGGGAGUAACCGGCCGUCGCCUCCUCAGACCAUUCUAGCUGUUGAAGGGGAGCAGUCGCAGUUUUCGGUAGUUCUUUACCAGUCAAUUAUUUUGUGAAAGUUCGAUUGCAAGAUGGGGAAUAAAAGGCGUAGGGAAUCGGAAGCUACUAGUUCUAGUGAAUCUUCAACUUCGUCGUCUUCGACAGACACUUCGGACGCCUCGUCCACCGACUCGUACGUCGCAUCACGUAGGAAGAAGGGCAGUAAAAGGGACACGUCCCCCGAUCGUAUCCACAAAAAACCCAGCAAUCCGAAGGCGAGUGGUUCAGGGAAUGCUGCCGCAGCCUCAGUAGCACUGUCAAAUCUUAUUCGUGCAACUUUGGGUGGAGCCGAUGAAGAAGUCCCGGCCCAAGGAAGAGAUGGUGAUGCAGGUGGGAUGGAAGCUCCGGAGGGUGCCGUGGCAGCAGCAAACGGAGUGGCAGCAGCAGACGGAGUGGCUCAGGAGAGACCGAUUCCAGCGGUGGGGCAGGCCCUGUUACAGCUAGCCUCCUUCAUAGAAGCUCAGCACGCCCCAAAGAGUAGUAAGAAGAAAAGACUCAAGCCUUCCAUCAAGCAAAGCAGACGCAUGCUGAAAAGACUGAGAAGAGGAGCGAGCAACAAGAGAGUUGGGCAGCUGAAAUCCAAAUACAGAUUGGAUGUGGAAGACAGCAUGGACUUUAAAGUCCCCUCAAUCGAUUUCGAGAUGCACUUGAAAUUGCAAAAGUUGUUAGGGCCAUCAACCGGAAAAGGAGUCAAUGAAGUUGAGAAGACUCUUUACAAAGUGCAACAAUCCAUGCUCCCAGUUUUCUCAGUGCUUGCGUUUUUGGAGUCCAAAGAGUUGGAAGGAGAUGCGGGUAAAGCAGUCCGUCAUUUGGCAGAGUUAAUCGGAAGAUCCUAUUUUGACGUUUCUGACUUGCGCCGUCGGAACAUCCUGGAAAUAGUGGGCCCUGCGAUCAUUCCGCUUUUAGAAGACCGUGAAAUUUUUGAAGUCAGUGAAGGAAAAGAUCUGUUUGGGAGCUCCGUCAUGAAGAGGCUAUCGAAAAGUGGGCGUUUCGUCAGAGAGCUGGUCGACCUGGACGUAGGAGGGCAGAGAAAGGGCAAGCUGCCAGUCAGAGAGCGUGUCUCCUUACCCUCUUCCCACGAUCAGCAGAGCAGUUACCGAGGCCGGCAGACCAACCACAGCAGUGGCGGAGCCGGUAACAUCCGAGAUGACAACGGUAAUCAACGGCACGCGCCCCAGUUUCGGCAACCAGAUUCUCGGGAUACCAGAAACGGCGUAGGUGAUCAGGGCCGCCAAGGGCCCGGAUCGGCUAGCCGGUGGAAUAACAACCAACAAGAUUGGAGCGACAAUAGAUCAUCCGGUAACAACAGCGCUUUCCGUGGAAGAGGCCGGGGAUAUCGUGGUCGAGGGGACUAAGAGUCGGAUAGCCAUCUCAUGGACACCAUGAGAAAUUCGAGCCACGAAGAAGAUCGGAGUCAUUGUUGUGCUGCUCCCCCCUUUUCCUUUGUUUGUUUGCUUAUUUGUUUGCUGUUCCGUUUGUUUAUUUGCCCGCCCCCCCCCUCCCUAUCUCUGUAUCAGUGAAUGGUCUGAGGAGGCGACGGCCGGUUACUCCCCUUUUUUCCCUACCCCCCUUUAAACAGCUGUUUCAAUACAGGUCAACACAAGUUCAAAUCGAAGCGUAUAAUCUCGUACAAUUCUAAUUGUCCUGGCGUA